AUGUAAAGAUUAUAAUUAAUACAUGCUAACCUAUGCACAAAUUAAAAAGUUAUGGUUGAGAAAUUGGAUUAAGAAUAGAUUGGAAUAAUAUAUCUAAAUUCUCCAACUGAUUUAAAUUCUUUAUCAAGCUAGAUGAAGAAAGAAUUAUGUGCAGCCGUGAUUGAAUUAGAUAAAGAUUCUAAUAUUAAAGUAUUGAUUUUAAAAAAAUUUAAUUUAGGUUAUAGUGAUACUAUCAAAACUAGAUAAAAUAUUCUGUGCUGGAGCUAAUAUAAAAGAACUUAGUGAUUGUUCAUAUGAAUCAUAACAAAUUUCUGAUAUCUUCUAUGAAAUUCAUAAUGUUUUUGAUUCAUUAAGAAAACCAUUAAUAAUGGGCGUUAAUGGUGUAGCCCUAGGAGGAGGUUUUGAAUUAGCAUUAAAUGGGGAUAUCAUUAUUGCAUCAGAGGAUGCAAAAUUAGGAUUACCUGAAUUAAAAUUAGGUGUCAUUCCUGGAAUUGGUGGAACAUAAAGAUUAACUCAUCUUGUAGGUAGAACAACUGCAAUGAAAUAUAUCCUAACAUCAGAUUAGAUUACAGCAUAGGAAGCCUUAAAUAGAGGAAUUGUAACAAAUGUAGUCAAAAAAGAAUAAUUAAGAGAGGAAUGUAUAAAGAUAGCUAAAAGAAUUAGUGAGAAAUCUUUAUACACUUUGAUAGUCUGUAAAACAGCUAUUAAAAAUGCUUAAGAAUUACCAUUAAGUUAAGCAAAUUAAGUUGAAAGAUAAUUAUUUAAUAGUUUGCUUAAUACAUAAGCAGCAAAAGAAGGAAUUUAAGCUUUUAUUGAAAAGAGAUCCCCUAAUUUUAGAAAUAUUUGA